UGACUCACACGGAUAAAGUUAUUAAGGCGCGGUCCUCAGUUCUGUUCUUGUCUUCUCACUGAUUUAUCUUGAGUUAGGGAGCUAGACAAAGAGUUAGAAAGGAGAGACUUACAGAGAGACAGACCGACAGUCUUAGGGUGUGAGAGUUAGGGCGAGAGACGGUGAGAGUGAGGGAGAGAAACCGACAGAGAGCGAGAAAGUGUUUUUGAGAGAGAGAGAAAGCGACUUACUGAGUGAGAGAAUAGGAAUUAUAAGAGUAGUGAGGCCUGUAUAGGAUGUCAUGAUAGACUAAGACGUGAGGAAAGAUCUGCACUGUCUGCCUGUUCAGACCCAGUGGCCCAGACAGAGGCCCAGCGGUCACACCCUGCAGCCUGAAGUAGAGAGGAGAGAGUGAGGGAGGUACUGUGUCUUGGCACACCAGCAUCCACACAGGACAUCCACAAACCAGAGAAAGAGAACAUGGAGACCCUCAUCAUCAAGAAUGAAGAGAAUACAGAAGAGAGUCAUCCCCCAACUGGAAGCAAAGAUGUCACCACAUCCAUGAUAAACAUGUGGGACCUGAACCUAAACCAGGAACAAGAGGACCCAAUAAGAAUGCACGAUAAACCAGAGGAGACCACCCAGCCUCAGAACCAGGAACAAGGGGACACAACAACAACGCACGAUAAACCAGGGCAGAACAGCCAGCUCCAGACAAUCUCUAGCGGGUUUACUGUCACCCCAGAAGAUGUGCUGUGUGACUCCUGCAUUGAGAUCCCGUGCCGGGCCCAGAAGUCCUGCCUAACCUGCCUGGUGUCGUACUGCGAGGCCCACCUCAGACCCCAUCUGGAGAACCAGAGGUUCCACAAUCACCGGCUGGUGGAGCCCUUACAGGACAUCGAGUGUCGCACCUGUGAGGAGCACCGGCUACCGCUUGAACUAUACUGCCUGACGGACGGCUGCGGUGUGUGUGUGUGCUGCGAGUGUGAGGGACAGGGGCAUCUGGGGCACAGUACUGUACCUGUAGAGGAGGCUCGAAGACAGAUCCAGACAGAGCUGCAGAAGAAACAAGGGGAGAUUAUGAAGACCGUCUUAGUGGCAGAGAAUGCCAUUGGCAAGCUACAGAGCAACACUGCAUCCAUAGAGAGCUCGGUGGCAGGGGUACGUGCUGUGAUGGAGCAGCAGUUCUACCUGCUGGAAGGGGCCGUAGAAGAGGCCCGGAGGAGGGCCACGGAGGUUCUGGAGGGGGAGCAGAGACAGGUGCUUAGCCAGGCCGAGGGCAUCCAGGCCCACCUGGAGCAGAAGAGCCAAGAGCUGAAGAAGACCCUGGCCAGAGUGGAGAGACUCUUCAGGAACAAGAGGGACGUGGACUUCCUGCAGGAAUACUCAGAGUGGAAGACGGGGGCGGUGGAUGUCUGUCUGCCUGGGCUCUACGUCGGCCUCACAGAUCGCCUGGCCUCCUUCAGUUGCCUGCUCACUGAGUCCACCCAGGAACUGUGUGACCAGCUCAAGGCUACCUACAGGGACAAACUGAAGGACAUCUGCAGGACUGAGAAACUGGGCAUUACAACCAUGGUCCAUCCCAAGAUGUCAAAGUCUUUUUCACUGCCUGAGCCUGAGACGCGAGACGACUUCCUCAAGUAUGCCAGCAGUCUGACCUUUGACCCAGACACUGUCCACAAGUUCCUGAGACUAACCGAAGACGACAGGAAGGUGACCAACACCACGCCCUGGCAGCACUGCUACCCAGACACGCCCGAACGCUUCGAGUACUGGCGCCAGGUGAUGACCUCAGAGAGCUUCUACCUGGGCCGACACUACUUUGAGGCAGAGCUGAGUGGGGAGGGUGUGCACGUGGGACUCACCUACAAGAGCAUAGACCGGAAAGGCGUGGAGAGAGGCAGCUGCAUCACAGGAAAUGACUUCUCGUGGAGCCUCGGAAGGGAGGGGCGGAGCUUUUCCACUUGGCAUGCUGAUAUGGAGGCGGUCGUGGAAGCCACAAGUGUGUUCACGAGGAUCGGCGUCUACAUCGACUUUGACUCAGGCUCAUUAUCUUUCUAUGGUGUGACUGACGUUGCUAUGACACUCCUCUACAGGUACAAGGCUGAGUUCAUGGAGCCCUUGUAUCCUACUGUCUGGCUCUCAAAGAAGGACAAUGUGGUGUUAUUGGUCGGUCCUAAGGACCCCCCACUAAUGAAGAGCUCAACUCUGCCUGCCACCCCCAUCACUCCCAUGGCAACUGUCACUCCGGAAUCAUAAUACUUUGACUGCAGUAGUGUAGUUAGGUCAGAGAGGCGGACCAGUACACAUUUCUGUUUCUCACAAAUACAAUAAAGUAUCUAUUCUAUUCACAAGCAGUUGCCUUAAGUGACUGAUACUGUACUUAUUUAACAGGACACAGCAUCAAGUAUCACAAGACAACAGACAGGGACUUUACAGGGGGUGUCUGCACUCAUCCAGGACCUAUAUACUAGGCGGUGUCAGAGGAAGGCCCAAAACAUUCUCCAGACUCCAGUCACCCAGCUCAUAGACUGUUCUCUCUACUACCGCACGGCAAGCGGUACCGGAGCGCCAAGUCUAGGUCCAAAAGGCUCCUUAACAGCUUCUACCCCCAAGCUAUAAGACUGCUGAACAAUUAAUCAAAUAGCCACCCGGACUUUGUUUUUAAACUGCUGCUACUCGCUGUUUAUUAUCUAUGUACAAAAUGACCUCUACUAACCUGUAGCCUCCGCACAUUGUCUCGGUACCGGUACCCCCUGUAUAUAGCCUCGUUAUUGUUAUGUCAUUUUGUGUUACUUUUUAUUUUACUUUUUACUUUAGUUUAUUUAGUACAUAUUUUCUUAACUCUAUUUCUUGAACUGCAUUGUUGGUUAAGGGCUUGUAAGUAAGCAUUUCACAGUAAGGUCUGGACCUGUUGUAUUCAGCACAUGUGACAAAUAUAAUUUGAUUUGAUAUAGAACAAAACAUGACAGUGAGGGAUUGAGUAAUAACUUUAACUGCUCGUUUUAUUGCAACAGGUUAGCAAGUGACUGACUUGCUAACUGCUGUGAUUGGUCUUUCAUUGGCAAAAAUAUACUAUGUUUAUUUGACAUUGUGCUGAGUACUUAACUACAAAGAUGAGUUCAAGGGCUGUCUUUCAUUGUUGUGUCAAUGGUCAAUCCAAUGUAAAUCAUAUUAACAAUGUGACAAAGCUUUUGUAAAAUCUUUUCAGAAUUGAUUUACAAAUAUCAAUUGCUUGACUUUUUCAAAUACCUAAUACUUAAUAUGAAUUUAAGCAUGAAAUAUAUUUUUACAUUUCAGAUACAUUACAACGCGUAAGAAAUUAUUCUCAGAAGAAUGUGCACAAAAUAUUUACAGAUACCAUGACACAAAGUCUCAGGUAGUGAAAUCGAUUGAGGUCUCGUUUUCAUCAUACGCGGGAUUAACAAAUUGCACACCUGACGGCGUCAGGGAGAUAGAGUUGGCGGCUUCAGUCCCAUAGAUACCGGGUACUUCGGGCAUCAUGGUGGGCUUGUCGAAGAUGGGGUUUUCAAAGCCAUGGUCCGUGAAGUCCCCUAUCUCCUCCUGGCUUCUCCUUAAGCUGCUCAGAGAAGGGAUGGAGAUGGUGGGCAUGGUGGGCAUUUUUAUGACGCCUCUGCGGAAGAGGACAGCCAGGAGGGGAAGACCAACGACUACUAUCAGGAUCCCGAACACGGCUCCAACCACAACUCCUGCGUUGUCCCCUGCCCCGUCACCACUGGUGGCCCCAGAAGAGGCCUGGAACUCAGCCCCGGUUAUGCCCAGGUUUGAGCCUUGGGCUUGGACGUCCUUCAAUAUGUCCCGAGCCAGGGCCUCUGCCACCGGACCAGACUACCCGUCCAGGAGCACGAUCUGGAUCUUUGCUGCAGCCGCACGUGGGAUCACCCCGAGGAAAUACUGAGAUUUGAGCACCUUAGACAUGCCUAGCUGAAUGGACUGGUACGAGGGCAGACUAAGGAAGAGGUGCUGCAGUCGAUUCCGAUAAGACUCAAAGUUGAAGCCUGAGGAAUACUGGAUGGUGACGAUGGCGCCGCACACGUCACAGCAAUGUCCCGUGGGGUAUAGUGGCUUCUUACAGCUCAUAGGAGUGCAUGUCACAGUGCCGCAGAUCCUGUUGUGAUUCGCAGAGUUCCCACAGUCGCAGCCAGAGGCAUCACUGCAGCCAGAAGCCCCGACGCUGGGGGAUGAGGUUCCGUAGAACUGCAGCCGGCCAGAGUGUGACCCCAGAUAAUGGGUGAACUCGGAGCUGCUGCUGAACUUCUUCCCCAGAAUGGACACACUCUGGACAGGGACGCUGGGCUGGUUGGAGGUGGUGUCCACGCGGAACGAGGAGCCAGCGCGGAACAACACGUUGUCAUACUGGCAGGGUACGCUCUCCUCGUGUACCGAGAACAGGAAGCGACCUUUCUCCAGGUCGUCUAAAGACUCUGCCGCCUGCCAUAGCUCCGGGUCGAACCACUGCAGAGACUCUGCAUCUUUGAACUGGGCGGUGACACCCGCCCCGCAACCGGGGUCCCCUCCAUUACUGACCGUGAAGCCGCCCCCCGAGGGAAGGAUGAACUCUCCGUCCACCGGUAGCCGCAUCUCCUGGACGGAGUGGACCGUCUCCACGUACACAGACACUUUCCUCUGAGCCGAGAACUGCACUAUGUCGUUACCGCAGGGCACGGACCCUUUGUCCCAGUUGGUCUUGUUUUCAUAGUUAGUGUCAGGUAUCCACUGCUUGUACAGGGCGUCAGCUGCCCCAAACAGACAGAGACCGAGGAGAAGAAACACGUCUGGUGUUUUUGGCAUCCUGAAUGCUUGUGACAGAAGUGUAUGGACUACGGGGUGAACUUUGUCUCUGACAGUGUGACUGUCACAUGAGGGAGUGAGUGCACAGGUUCCCAGAUUAUGAAGUUGAUGAGCUCUGGUAGACACUCAUCUUUACCGGCUGGUCACCAGCUUGGUCAAAGAUUAACUGCUGCUGCAGCCGCAGCAAUAAUGCCCCAAAAUAACAGUGUAGAUGGCUCUAUGAAAGAAAAGUGAUUUGAUUUAGGCCUACACCCUUUCAUAGCCUUUAUGCCUAAAAACUGUAUGGUGAAAACUGUAUAGUGUUAAAAAAAAUUGCAUCAUUAUUAAAAGUAAAAGCUGCUAUAGUGAUGUUUCUUGUGACCAGCAGUGGAAUUGAAAUAAAGAAAAGUUAUUGGGAACUCA